AUGGUGUCGUGCGGAGUGAUAUUCCUUGUUCUCCUUGUUCUGAGCAAUACAGUGUGGAUUGAGGCUUUUAAUCAUGAGUUGAAGGAUCAUUUUCUGGAGAAUCUCGAAGAAACGUUCACCCAGAAGCCGAAUCGAUCAGAGGAGGAUAUGGCGCGUGAAAUACACGUGAUGGUCAGUGAUUUCGUGCAUUUGGGGCGCGAUCGGGCCAAGAGGGUUCGCAGAGACACGAAAAGCAGAGCUUCAGCCCACUUCAACCUUGUGGGAUUCGAAGAUCUGGGCUCGAUUCCAGUCAGUUUUCCUCUGGAUCUGUGCCUCAUGAAUGUCUUGAGCGACACUUUUGCUGUGGCUCUGCACACAAACGGCCCAGAAUCUGAGAAGGAUAACAGCAGCGCUGAAAUUUCCUUCUUUCGACUAAACGGUACAGAAUUCACACUGGAUCACCGAGAAAAGCUGGCGAAGAGUUACAAUAUGGAUUGUAUUGUCGUCGGAAAUCUGGCUUUUGUGGCUGUUGCUGGAGAAUUAAGGAGGGAGAAUCUCUGGGAUAUCGGCUCGCCGGUCUUUCGAAUCAACCCACAGGACCGCACAAUAAGAUCUGUGCAUUUCGACAGAAUGGAGCAUCAAUUAGCCGCUAAAUUCUGGUCACACGGAAAUGACAUCUUCCUGAUGAAAACGUUCCGGACGAGCAAUAUGGCUGCGGAUAUCCAGGCCAAAUUCCUCUGCCCAAUCUACAAAUGGAAUGUGGCAGGCAAUUUUGAGCUCUGGAACGGGAUUUCCUGCUCAAACACCGUCGCCGUAGAGGUUUUUGGCGUGAAUGAAGACACCUAUUUGGCCAUGGCGAAUGGCCUGGAUGAGAAGAAGUCUUCGAAAACGCCUUCGGUGAUCUACAGGCUUGAUGAGACCGCCCAGAAGUUCGUCUAUCAGCAGGGAAUUGUGACGAAUGGCGCUGUCGACGUGAAGCAUUUUCGGGCUGGCGAUGGAGACUUUCUGGUCGUGGCGAAUUCCGCGACGAGCGCAGACGAAAGCAGGGAUGAUCUUGCAUCCCACAGCAUAAUCUACAAGCACGCUAAUGGACAGUUUCUGCCCAUUCAGAGCAUCACGACGGACGAUGUCAGCAACAUUUUGCCUGUGACUGUGUCCAAGGAUCAAGUGAUUCUCCUGUUCUCCAGCCAGGAAGCGCCCAUUAAGAUCUUCGAGUACGACGGAUGGAAGUUUUACGAGUCGAGCGUGAAGUACAGUGGCGAAUCCUUCGACACUGGCGUCACGAGGAUGAGAGAGUACAGAUUUGGGCAAUAUUCAGUGAUCGUGAUCGCUAACAAGCGUGUUUUCGGCGAGACCCAGAACAUUUUCACGCCACAAGUGAAGCCUGUGCCGAACUAUGACAUCUACGAGGAGAUGCUGAAGUGGUGUGAAGAGAGUCUCGCUGAAUUGACCAAUCUGAAUCUCGAAGAAGCUGUGCAGAUGAUGGAUGAACUCCCUAAAAUUACCGAUGAGGAAAUUGUUUUUAAAGGAGUGGAAUUUGCGUCUCUCGAAGUGGAGAGUGUUGAAACGAAGGCAAUGAAAACUCCUGAAAUUGACUUGGAUGAAGAAACAGUGAAGAAAAUCAAUGCCAUCAGCCAGAAAGUUGUAGAUCUUCAGCUGAAGAUGAGCAAUAUCGAUGAAACUUUGAGGAUAUUCCAGGAAACUGAUGAUCAACAAUUGGCUCAACAACUCCAGGAGGAACUCACACAACUCAACUUGGAGUAUGAUGAAGUUUUUGCCGAUGAAGCUACUGUUGAGUUCCUCAAUGGAUUGGAAACAAAACACCUUGUUCACACUGAUGAGCCACUGAAUUUGCCUAAUGUGAAUCUCAAGUGUGCCAAUGCAACGAUUUCCGGUGAUUUAAAUAUUGCAAAUCUCACUGAUUUGCAGAAGUUCAAUUCCUCAAGUCCAGACACAUUGAUCGUUGAGAAUCUUCAGGUGCAGAGCAUAAAUUCGCUUAACUUCUCUACUAUUCAGGAGAACGCGAAGAAGAUGAAUUUGACUGUGAUCAAGGCGGAUAAUCUCAUUGUCAAUGGACUGGUGAAUGGCGAGGAUUUGUCGGUGCUGGAAAAAUACGCUCUCAGGACAGAAGGCAACCAAAUGAUCGCAGAAGUAGCCAGCAUCGAUCACUUGGUGGCGAAGCAUGUAAAUGUCUUCAGGAAGAUUUCAGGAAGAGACUUUUCGGACCUGGUUUUGGCGGAUGAAGGCGAUUUUAAAGUACCACGUGUGAGUUUUCUCAGCAAUUUCUCAGUCGAAGUGCUGAAUGUCACUGAGAAACUCAGCCAAAUUAUGGUCUUCAAUGGUCAAUUGGAUGUUGUUCUCACAAAUUCCACAGAAAAGCAGAUCAUUGAGGGCAAGAAGACGUUCAGCGAUGUGAAAUUACAGAAACCAAUUGUUUUGCGGGGGAAGAUCAAGAGCGAGAGUCUGGACAAGAUGAAUCCCAUGGCGAGCAUCAAUGAGAAUGUUGUGCUAGAGGGAGAUUACUUCAUCACAGGUCCUGUGACGGUGAAGAGGGUUCUCAAAAUCGGGGAUUUGCUGAGUGGCGAGAAUUCUCUCAGUCUUCGGCGACUCUUUGUCGACGGCCUGAGGAAGGAUGCCCAGGAAAUACACCAGGACAUAAACUUCCAGCAGCCACUGAAGGUAUCUCAUCUCGACUCAGAGUCAAUCAAUGGAAUCGAUCCGGAGAAUCUCGUUAGGAUGAACACGGAAGAGAGUCAGAAGAUUGUCGGGAAGAAGUUUUUCAGAGGGAAUCUGAUGGUCAACGAGGGAUUCUGCGAUGCUGGAAUCAUUCAGGGCGUCAAUCUGACGGAACUUAAUCAAACUGUUCUGCACAGAAGUGGCGAUGAGAUGAUCGAGGGCGACAUUCAGUUUCGGAAGAUCACAGCGAAUAGUGUAAGAAGCGAAGAGACUCUGUUCGCGGGCAAGGAUUUCGCCAAGUUCCUGCACUUCGACAAGGAACAGCGAUUUUCCGGACGAGUGACAAUGAGGAAGCCGAUCUCCGUGCGUAAGAAUCUCACAAUUGGCGACAUUAACAGCAGUGGGAAAGUUUCUGGGGUGAAUAUCAGUGACUUUGUCACUGACACAGCGAGAAAGGGCGAAAGAUUAACUCUCACAGGGAAGAAGAUCUUCGUAGGAGGCUUGGCAGUUGGCGAUCUGCAUGGUGAUCAUCUUCCGGGUCUCAAUAUAUCCCACAUCGAUGAACAGUUCUUUGCAGUCGUUGAUGAAAAGAUCUUCUGGAAUUUUGUGGAGUUCCCAAAUGAGACAAUCGUCCGGGAAAUGAUGUUCCUGGGAAGACUGAACAAGAUUCAGUCAUCGGACUUUGGAAAUUGCUGGCUUCUCACGGAAGGUGAUCAGGAGUUAACAGCUCCACAGGUUUUCUCCACUCUCUCCGCCCAGGAAGGCGUGAAUCUCCGUGGAUUCCUCAAUGGCAGGAACUUUGAGAAACUCAUCGAGAAUUCCUUCUUCAUCAACCGACACGAAUAUCUUCCGGCUCUUAAAUCUCUCGACAGAGUCACGCUGAAUGAUGCUCUCUGGAUGAACGGCAGUCUGUCGGGUGUUUUCCUGCCUGAGUUGCUGACCAGGAAGGGCAGAUCGGCGAAGAUUCUCCCCAAAUUCACCGUGUUCGGCGAUUUGAUUGUGGACAAGAAUCUCUGGAUCCGGGAUUCAAUCAACAACAUCUCUUUGACAGCGCUCCUGGACUUUAUCCGGCCACCGGCAAACGUCCAGCAUCGCCUGUUCAUCCACGGCGAUGCGCACUUCAACAGCGAACCGAAAGUGGACUUCCUCAACGACCUGGACAUCCUGAACGCCUACGAGAACGCCCUCAGAGUGUACAACAAGCUCGAUUUCACUGAGUUUGUGCAUCUUCACGAGGCAGAGUUCCUGGACAGAGUUUUCUUGGCUGGAAUGAGUAAUGGUAUCAAUUUGACUUACGUGGCCGAGAACUACUUGAGUUGCACAAAGGCGCAGGAAAUCAGUACAAAAGUUAACUUCCUGGACACGGUGACUCUGAAUGUUCCGCUAUCAUCUGAUCAGAUGCAUCUCGAGGGACGCUUUAGAGGCAUGGACAGCGACGAAACUGUGAAAAUAGAGGAACUCGACGAGAGAGCGGCGAAAAUGAUUGGGAACCAGACAAUUUCUGGUCAGUGGCGCCUGAAAAGUGUGAUUGUGGAAGGAGACCUAGAAAAUUCGCGCAUAAAUGGCCUUAAUGUCGAGGAGGACUUGCUGAGAUACGAUGUAGAGAGGAAUAAUGUGACUGGACUGAAGAGACUCCAUCAUCUCGUGGCGGAAAAUGUGAAAUGUGGCGAGAAGAACUGCCUUGUCCAGGGCGUGAAUGUUGUCCAAUGGUUCGCCGAUGCGGUGUUUCUCAUUGGGAAUCACACAAUUCACGAUACAGUGACGCUGAAGAGGGCAGUUUUCCACACAGACAUCACGGUUCACGGGCGUGUCAACAACAUCACCUUCGACAGAGACACCGUCCUGACCAAGGAUUGCCGGCAGGUCAUUCAGGGGAAUGUCUACAUUGACAACAGAUCGAAGGACAGGAGCAAAUUGCACUCCCUGACACUCCAUCGGCUCAACGCGACGAGGAUCAAUGGGAAGGACGUGGAAGACUUCCUGACGAAUGUGGCUCUGCAGAGUGACGGCGCGAACCCCGUGGAAUCUCUGGUGGUCUUCGAGAAGCCUCUGGUGGUGGAGAAUCUCCAGUGCCGCGGCAAUCUCUUCGGCAUGAACAUGAGCGGGAGGCAGGAGGAAAUGGAGAUGGCGCAGGAGCUGAGCGUGCUGGAAAGGAAGCUGAAACGUUUGUACGAGAAGGCGCAGACGAUCGUGAAGCACCAGAGCAGUGAUGUGACUUAUGUGGAUUCCUUUCGAGUGGCGCAAACGCUGACGGGCGUGCUGAAGAAGAUCGUGCCCAUUGAGUUGCUGAGAAAUGGGAAGAUGAAUCUCUAUCUGGCCAUCCUGGCGGGACAGCCCAAGGAGACCAUCAUCAACUUCUACCGACUGGAGGAGUUCCAGAGGAAGACAUUUGUGGAGUCUGACAUUCCGUCGAUAAGAUUCGCAAACGAGGACUUCGUGAGCAUUGAUCGCCUGCACUUCCUGGGACAGGACUUCCUCUUCACCGAGAAGCACAGCCUCGAGCUGGGCUACACGCAGACGAUCUUCCACUACGUGCACGACAAGAUCAAGGUGAUCUACGAGAGAUUCUCCAGAACGCCGCGCAGGAUCGCGGUUGUGAGACAGGAGAAGCAGGAGUGCAUCGUCGAGUACUCAGUGAAGGACUUCCAGGUGUCCGUGGAGUGCCUGGUGAGGGACAGCGCAGAGAAUAUCACAUGGAAGCCCUAUCAGAGACUGACCAUUCACGCUGUGCGUGAAUUGAUGGCGCUGAAGACGAACGUGUUCGCCGCGCUGACCACAAAUGGAAGCGUCAGCAUCUUGGAGCAUCGCCCCGGGGAGAAGUGGCAGGAGAAGCAGGCGCUCUCCAUCAUCAAUCCUCUGGACAUGUCUUCGGAGACCUUCGAGGGCAAACUCUACCUGGCCGUCUGCUCAGGGCAGACUAAAAACUCCGUUCACCACGGAUCUGUGGAGAUCUUCCGACACGUCGGCAAGAAAUUCGUCCACUUCCAGCACAUCCCCAUUGAAGCCUCCACUAGAAUCCAGUUCUCUGUCCUGCCAUCGGGGCAGUUCAUGCUCUAUGCACUGACUGGGAAUCCCGGACAGCCGCUGAUUGUGUACAUCUACGCCGGAAUGUCGGGCUUCCGGCAAUUCGCCGUGGCAUCAACAAUACCGAAGGGAAACCGACUCACCGUGAUCAAGGUGCCGAAGUUCCGGAAGGAAUUUGUGGCCGUUCUCUCGGCCAGCGAAGCCACCCUUGUCGAGGCUGUUAUCAGAUAAAGUCUUGAGAUUCAA